AUGACACUUUGUAAAGCAAUUUCUUGUUACCAAGAAAGACUACCGACACUACCUAAACCCGACCUAUUUACAUCCAUAAUGACUUUUGGAAUAGCUAACAUUAUGUCUCAAGAACGACUUUGGUGUUCUUAUCACGCCAAAUGUUUAAAUAAAAUGAGCGAGGGAAUUGAACUUAUCGGUAAUUUAAAUGGAAUAUUUGAGAUUUGCGAAAUGGAAACUUUCGAGACUUGGUUUAACGUAAUUUAUGAACCAAAAAGAGGAGAAAAGAGUGAAACUAUAGGAACGAUUAAAUACAGCACGCACUAUGGUAGUCUAGGUGGAGCAAUAGAUAAGGCUAAAGAGUUAAAAAGAAAACUUCAAGAUGAGGCUUCAGGUUCUGACCCUUCUAACUGGGAUAAGCAUGUUAGACCACUAGAUAUUGUUAAAGUAGAGAAAUCAUACUUGUCAACAGAAUUCGAACAUGUUGGAGUUUAUUUAGGUGACAAUAAGGUUUGUCACAUUUAUGAUUACUGGAAUAACAGUGCUAUGAAAGCAAGGGUUGAUGAUGUAAGUGUUUUUCUCGGUAAUACAUCGUCCACCACUAGAAUUGGUCGCUAUGAUUUAGCCAAUAGAAACUGCGAGCAUUUCGCUAACAUGUGUGUUUAUGGAAUUAAUUUUUCCGAACAAUACAGUAUCAAUAAUGGUAAAUCAACACUUAAACUGACUAAUGAAAUAAAUGAAACCAAUGGAAAACUCGGAUAUUCAAGAGCAGACCAUCGACGUGCUGAAGAAAUAGAAAGACAAUAUUUACAAGAAGUUCCUGCAAAAGAGACUUGCCGAAUAAUGUAA